AUGUUCUUUCUUUUUUUUUUGUUCUUUCUUUUGUUUAUCUUUCAUCUUUCUUUUACUUUCUUUUUCAUUAUUUCUUUUGCCUUUCUCUUUCUUUUGCUUCUUUCUUUCACUUUUCUUUUUCGUUUCUAUUUCUUUUUCAUUUUGCUUUCUUUCUUUUACUUUUCUCUUUCUUAUUUCUUUUACAUUCAUUUUCUUUUAUACAUAUCUUCUUUCUCUUACUUUUCACUUUUCUUUCUUUCUCUUACUUUUUGCUUUCUUCAUUCUUUUAUAUGUCUUACUUCUUUUAUCUUUCUUAUUUCUUCUACAUUUUCUUUUUUUUCACUUUCUUUCUUUUUUUUCUUUUCACUUUCUUUCUUCUUUCUUUCUUUUCACUUUCUUUCUUCUUUCUUCCUUUUCACUAUCUUUCUUUUCACUUUCUUUCUUCUUUCUUUCUUUUCACUUUCUUUCUUCUUUCUUUCUUUUCACUUUCUUUCUUCUUUCUUUCUUUUCACUUUCUUUCUUCUUUCUUUCUUUUCACUUUUUCUUCUUUCUUUCUUUUCACUUUCUUUCUUCUUUCUUUCUUUUCACUUUCUUUCUUCUUUCUUUCUUUCUUUUCACUUUCUUUCUUCUUUCUUUCUUUUUCACUUUCUUCUUUCAUUCUUUUUCACUUUCUUCUUUCAUUCUUUUUCACUUUCUUCUUUCUCUCUUUUACUUUUCUCUUUCUUCUUCCUCUCUUUUACUUUUCUCUUUCUUCUUCCUCUCUUUUACUUUUUUUUCUUUCUUUUUCAUUAUUCUUUCUCUUUCAUUCAUUUUCCUUUCUUUUUUUCUACUAAUUUGUCUGAUUUUGAGGAAUAUGUUUAUUCUCUCCUGACAUUCUUUCUGUUUUCCCCCCCUCUAAUUUUAUCUCUCUCUCUCUCUCUCUCUCUCUCUCAUAUUUGUAUAUUCUUCUCUCUUUCUUCAAAUUUUUUUGGUUUUUGCUAUCUCAUUAUUUCUGUUCAUCUCCCUGAAUUCCUCUCUCUCACUUUAUCAUGUAAUUUUUUCAUGUUUUCUCCCUUUCUUUCUCUCCCUGUGUUUUUUCCUUUCCUUCUCUUAAUCUUUCUCCUUACCUCUCCAUCUCUCUUGAUCCUUCAUUUUUCUCUCAUUACCUUAUUAUUCUGUCUUUAA